UGCCAUUGAUUAAGAAAUAUAAAAUUUUUUCCUAUUUAAGGACCUAAAAAAUCAUUAAUUUUUUAAAAUGGCCAGCAAGUUAUAUCCUUUACAGAAAGGAUUUAAUGAAAGACAGCCAGAAACAGUGCGGCUUUAUCCUUUAUCAAAUUAUGUUUUUUCUACGAAAGAAGCACAGCCAGAAGAAGACCCAAGCGUCAUAUCUCGUCUGGAGCGCUUGAAAUCACAUUAUGAAAAGAAUGGAAUGAGAAGAACAUGUGAAGGAAUUUUAGUAGUCCAUGAACAUAAUCAUCCACAUAUAUUGAUGCUACAAAUAGCGAAUGCGUUUUUUAAACUGCCUGGUGAUUAUUUGCGGCCGAAUGAACCGGAAAUACAGGGUUUUGUUGCUAGAUUAAACGAACGACUAGCACCUACGACACCAGAAUCCCCAGAGGAUAUGAAAUGGGAAAUUGGAGAUUGUCUUGCUCAAUGGUGGAGACCUAAUUUUGAAACGUUUAUGUAUCCAUUCAUACCUGCACAUGUUACAAGACCUAAAGAAUGCAAAAAACUCUAUCUUAUAAAAUUGCCAAAGACGAAAGUUUUAGCUGUUCCCAAAAAUAUGAAAUUAUUGGCUGUACCACUUUUUGAGUUAUAUGAUAAUUCGGCUCGCUAUGGACCACAAUUAGCAGCUAUUCCCCAAUAUUUAGCAAAGUAUAAUUUUGAAUUCGUAGACUCUAAUGAUAGAGUUAUUGUACAAACACCAGGGAAUACAAUGGGUGAUGGGACUGUUGUAAGAAAUAAUGUAUAUUAGG